CCGCGGCGCGGCGCCCAGUGCGGACUGCGGUGCCCGCUGCCCCUCGCCCGCCCCUCGCCCGCCCGGGCCGGCUGGCGAGCUCGCGAUGUGACCGAGCCUGGGAGCGGGCGGGCGGCUCUGCGAGCAGCAGCGCCUCGGCUUCUGUCUGGCCGCGUCCCCUGCGGAGCCGAGAUUCCCUCGGAGCAGAAGACGCACACCAGGGGCUCGGAGCGCGCCCCCCGGGCCCGGUGCAGCCGCCGCCGCCGCCGGGCACCGCGGAGCCGAGGCGGCUGGUGCAGAGCGGGGCCACCGGCCGCGCGCAGCCGAGCGCGGUCCCCAAGAAGGCGCCCAGUUCGCUGCGUCCCCGCGAGUUGACUGCAGUUUCCGAAGUUGGAGGGAGCCGUGCGGAGGCGAGGCCAGCAAGGAAGAGGGAGCCCUCACAGCAUUUCAGGGCCACGGCGCUGCCGGCGCUGCGAAGAGUUGCAGGGACACAGUUUUCUCCAAGGUCGGUCUCUGCGGCGGGCACCGCCCUCGGCCCGAUGCCACCAGGUCUGGAGGACUGACCGACUCGCCAGCCGGCGCCACCUCCGGCUCCCGCCAUGGGGCCCUCCGGGAGCCUGCUGGGCGGACACCUGCAGGUUGUCCUGUGGGGAAGUUUGGCAGCUGCCGCCACGUUCUUCCUCAUCACCUUCCUCGUCUUCCUGUGCUCCAGCUGUCACAGAGAAAAGAAGCCGAGACAGUACAGUGGAGACCAUGAGAACCUGAUGAACGUGCCUUCGGACAAGGAGGUGUUCAGCCGCUCGGUGACCAGCCUGGCCACGGACGCGCCCCUCAGCAGCGACCAGAACGGCGCGCUCACCAACGGGGACAUCGCCUCGGAAGGCAGUGCCGGGACCUGCGCGCAGCAUUACGAGGAGGUGCUGGCCCCGGCCUCCGACCCGCCGGACGCCCAGGACGGCUCGGGGAAGCCCAAGGGCCACCAGAGCCGGGAGCUGCCCCAGAUUCCCCCCGACAGCUCCGUGGACACGCUGGCCAGCGCCGGGGGCGUGGACGGGGACCCGGGGGCGGGGGCCGAGGGGCCCUACGAGGUGCUCAAGGACAGCUCGUCCCAGGAGAACAUGGUGGAGGACUGUCUGUAUGAGACCGUGAAGGAGAUCAAGGAGGCGGCCGCGCCCCCGGGCAAAGCCCCCAGCGGCGGCGGCCGGUCCAGGGCGGCCCCCGCGCCCAGGGAGCCGCGGGCGCCCCCGGCCCCGGGCAGAGCGGACUUCGCGGAGUACGCCUCGGUGGACAGGAACAAGAAGGGUCGGCAGAGUGUGGACGCAGACAGCGCUCUGGGCCCCGCCCGGGACGCGGAGGAGGAGGCCCCGCCGCCGGUGCCCGCGAAACUCCUGGAUGAGAACGAGAACCUGCAGGCGCAGGACCGGAGCGCCGCCGAGGGGAGCCGCGAGACGGACAAGAGGUUCAGUGCCCUGUCGUACAAGUCCCGCGAGGAAGACCCGACUCUCACAGACGAAGAGAUCUCGGCCAUGUACUCAUCUGUCAAUAAACCUGGGCAGUCGCUCAAAGUGCCCGAGUCCAGCGACACCUGCAGCCCAGGAGCUGCCCGGAGGUCCCCGUCGUCCUGCAAUGACCUCUACGCGACCGUCAAAGACUUCGAGCAGCCUCCCAGCGGCGCGGGCACACUGGGCCCGGCCGCGAGGCCCCAGGAGCCCGAGCCCGACUACGAGGCCAUCCAGGCUCUGAGCAGAGAGGACGAGAAGGCCCCCCUGGAGACCAGCGGCCUGCGCGGCCCCUUCCCGAAGGAGAACGACUACGAGAGCAUCGGGGACUUGCAGCAGUGCCGGGACGUCACCAGGCUCUAGCAGCCCCGGUCCGCGGAUCCGGGACAGGCGACCAGGCACUGUCCCCUCCGCCUCACGUGCUGCUUCCCUGGCCGAAGGCAGUGAAGACUCCAGGACGGAACAGGAAGGCGCACACCUGGCUGCGCCCGGUGCACCCGCCUGCCUGGCACGGCCACACCCAGCACAAGUCCCCCUGUUCCCACACCCUGACGGGUCCCAGCGUCAGGGGAUACGCCGUUCGGAAGAACCAGGUUCCCUUCUGCUCUUGUGGCGUCUGCUCUGGUCCCCUUGAAAUCUCCCCCUUUCUACUGGCUCCUUCCAAGGAAACCGCCCACAGGGCUCGGCCUUUGCCUUCAAUGCAGGUGUUUUCAGGUGGUGUUUUCAGAUCUGUGGUCACUGCUACCGACGAUCACCCAGCGUCUUCUGGGGACGCCCUCAAGGGUCUUGGGUCUCCGUGCCUUCUGACCCGGGCACGCCACGUCAGCAGCUUCUCCCAAAGGACUUGAAGUCACUUUUAGAUGCUUUAUUUUAUUUUUCUAGCCAAAAUGUCCCCCCUCUCCCCCCCCCACCCCCCAGUGUUUGAA